GCAAUUAAUUAUCGGAAUGUGGCCGCAUCAAAACGGACAUUCGGUACCCGGAGACUCUCACAGCCUAGGAAAGUUGCUGCUCCGGGUAGCGCCUAGGGGGUCUCCAGCCAGUGUUCAACCGCCGCCAUCCCUUUUCGACUACGGCCCUUCAGGGAUCUCCUUCGCCUGCACCCUUGCUCACUUCGGCCGGAUCUUCUGUGUCCAGAACGCCCUACCUAUGACGAUGCUCCUGGACGGAGGCCCGCAGUUCCCUGGGUUGGGAGUGGGAAGCUUCGGUGCUCCGCGCCACCACGAGAUGCCCAACCGCGAGCCUGCAGGCAUGGGAUUGAAUCCCUUUGGGGACUCAACCCACGCUGCGGCCGCUGCUGCUGCCGCCGCCGCCUUCAAGCUGAGCCCAGCCACCGCUCACGAUCUGUCUUCGGGCCAGAGCUCAGCGUUCACACCGCAGGGUUCAGGUUAUGCCAAUGCCCUGGGCCACCAUCACCACCACCAUCACCACCAUCACGCCAGCCAGGUGCCCACCUACGGCGGCGCUGCCUCUGCCGCUUUCAACUCCACGCGCGACUUUCUGUUCCGUCAGCGCGGUUCUGGGCUCAGCGAGGCAGCCUCCGGGGGCGGGCAGCACGGGCUUUUCGCUGGCUCCGCGAGCAGUCUUCACGCUCCAGCUGGUAUUCCUGAGCCUCCUAGCUACUUGCUCUUUCCUGGGCUUCAUGAGCAGGGCGCUGGGCACCCGUCGCCCACAGGGCACGUGGACAACAAUCAGGUCCAUCUGGGGCUGCGCGGGGAGCUAUUUGGCCGUGCAGACCCGUACCGCCCCGUGGCUAGCCCGCGCACGGACCCCUACGCGGCCAGUGCGCAGUUCCCUAACUAUAGCCCCAUGAACAUGAACAUGGGCGUGAACGUGGCGGCCCACCACGGGCCGGGCGCCUUCUUCCGUUACAUGCGGCAGCCCAUCAAGCAGGAGCUGUCCUGUAAGUGGAUCGAGGAGGCUCAACUGAGCCGGCCCAAGAAGAGCUGCGACCGGACCUUCAGCACCAUGCAUGAGUUGGUUACGCAUGUUACCAUGGAGCAUGUGGGGGGCCCGGAGCAGAACAACCACGUCUGCUAUUGGGAGGAAUGUCCCCGUGAAGGCAAGUCCUUCAAGGCGAAGUACAAACUGGUCAACCAUAUCCGAGUGCACACUGGCGAGAAACCCUUCCCGUGUCCCUUCCCGGGCUGCGGGAAGAUUUUUGCCCGCUCUGAGAACCUCAAGAUCCACAAGAGGACCCAUACAGGUGAGAAACCUUUCAAAUGUGAAUUCGAAGGCUGUGACAGACGGUUUGCCAACAGCAGCGACCGCAAGAAGCACAUGCAUGUGCACACCUCGGACAAGCCCUAUAUCUGUAAAGUGUGCGACAAGUCCUACACACACCCGAGCUCCCUGCGCAAACACAUGAAGGUUCAUGAAUCUCAAGGGUCAGAUUCCUCCCCUGCUGCCAGUUCAGGCUAUGAAUCUUCCACUCCACCCGCUAUAGCUUCUGCAAACAGUAAAGAUACCACUAAAACCCCUUCUGCAGUUCAAACUAGCACCAGCCACAACCCUGGACUUCCUCCCAAUUUUAACGAAUGGUACGUCUGAGGACAACCAAAAUGCAUUUAAAAAAAGAAAACUGAGACAAAUCAAAUGGAAAUGGAGUUUUAAAGCAAGAGGCCAUAUAUAGGGCUACAUCUUGGUAAUUGCAAUUGUUCAGGAAGGUUUGGGGCAAGAUCCAAAAGUAGCCAUGCCCUUUUCUCAGGAUUAGAACAUAUGUUUUGGCAUUUGAAGGAAUUUUUUACAAAAUCUUUUCACUGCUUUUCCUGCCCCCUCCUCUUGCUCUCUGUACACCCCGUUCUGAAACUCCUUCAAAACAUUUAAUUAACACUGUCCUGUUUCUUGAGGAAGUUAUCGAUGGCUUGGUGGUGGUGAUGUUAAACUGAUGAAAAGUCUCCUUCGCCUUAGUGGUGAUUGUUUAAACUCUCACGGUCUUAAACCAUGCCAAAGUCCUGUUAUGUCUUGAACUUUUCUUCAAAGCAUUACACUUGUGAAUGUAUCUUCGUCUAAUGGGGUCGAAACUUGUUCAGUAUUUUUUCAGGCUGAGGAUAUGAUGUUACUCUACACAGAUUGUGACGUUUAGUAUACAGUUGCCUUUUGUAAUAACUUUUCUUUUUUUGUAAAUACAUAUCCGUUGAUGCCAUAUUUAUCGUUUGUAAUUUAAUUAUUGCUGCAAGUGCCGGGAACUGAACAAUAUUUAUGGAUAAAUGUUUUCUAACAAAUUCUGUACAGCUUUUGAUUAUAACUGCUUUUAGCAUUAAACAAUUAUUGUUUUGAGAAAAGGAACACAAUUUACAAUUUUUGAACCAUACUGACUUUUUUGUUUUGUAAUAGCCUCCCAGAAAUAGGAGACAUGAGUAAAUUGAAUUUUGUUUGUUGGUAUUUAUAACUCACUCAGAUCCCUUUUUUAAUUGUUAAAUUAUUUUUCUAUUGCAGUCUAGAUUCCUUACAAUGUCAGUUUCCAUCUGGGGAGGACCCUCCUGUCUUUAGCUCAGAUGGUUGUUUAACUGCGAGUUUAAAUGUGUUUGUCCUGGAUUUUCGGCAUGCAAAUCAAAUAAUACUGAUCAAUUCACGUAGUGGCCCUGACAUCUCAAUCUUGUACUUCAAAGACUGAGAGGCUGGGUUUAAUCAUUCCUGCCAUAUAUAUAUAUAUAUAUA